UCCCCUGUUGUCUGCAUGUGUCAGCUGGGAUUUUUUUUUUUGCCAAAUCAGCGGAGUAAUUUGUGCUCAUUUUUAACUUUGUUCUCCAAAUUUCUCAACUACAAGCUCAAAUGUGCUGGCCGAGCUCAACAUUUAAUCAUGUCCGACUUUGACAAGUCAUCCAUCCAAAGUAAACGAAACUGAAAACGUUAAGGCUUCGUCUGUGACAGGGUGACAAUGGGGAAGAAAAGGGCAAAGGACAAGAGCUCCAAAGAGGACGAUGACAUCGAGCUAAUGGUCCCGUCCUGUAGACACAUUAAGAAGGGAACAGACCAAACUCUUCUAAAGAAACUUUCUGCUAAUUCUGACUGGACCAGUUGUCAGGAUUGUAAGAAUGAAGAAAACAAGGAAAACAUCAGCACCACUGUGCCUGAGGACCCUGAAGAGGAAAAAGACACAGCAGCGUUGUGGAUGUGCUUGAAAUGUGGACAUAAAGGAUGUGGACGAAAUUCUGAGAACAAGCAUGCCAUCAAACAUUAUGAAACUCCUCGGUCAGAUCCACAUUGCCUCGUGGUCAGCUUGGACAACUGGAGUGUGUGGUGUUACAUAUGCGAUGAUGAAGUCCAGUACUCCAGAACGGGGCAAUUGGCUCAGCUGGUGACCAAUCUGAAAAAACAAACCUCUGAAGAGCCCAUAAAGAGACCACAGAAAAGAGUGAAGGAAGACGACUUGGUGGAAGCUGAACAGAAGACAGAGACACUAAAAACAGAGGAAAAUGACAGCAAGGAGAACAAAGAAAAUGAGGAUCAAAAGAAAGAAAAGAAAAACACCAAGAAAGACGCUGUUGGGAAAUCACAAAAGUCCAGCACACCUGAAGAAAAAUGUGGUGUUUCUGUAAAAGGCCUGAGCAACCUGGGAAACACCUGUUUCUUUAAUGCGGUCAUUCAGAAUCUCUCUCAAACUCAGCUUUUAAGAGAGACUCUCAACAAAGUGACCGAAGAGAAAACACAUCUCAACAUUAAACCUGAUGUCUCGUCGGAUCUGGAGCCUGUUGUCGUGCAGUUAGACCAGCCUGGAUCCCUGACUUUAGCUAUGUGUCAACUGCUUAAUGAAAUCCAGGAAACCAAGAAGAGUGUGGUAACACCGCGGGAGCUGUUCACACAAGUUUGUAAAAAGGCUGCCAGGUUCAAAGGAUUCCAGCAGCAGGAUAGUCAGGAGCUGCUGCGCUACCUCCUGGAUGGGAUGCGGGCUGAGGAGCUCAAAAGAGUAAGCUCAGGGGUAAUGGAUGCUCUGAAACAGUCUAGAAAAGGCACAGAUGAAGAGAAGCUGAAAACGCUGGUAAAAGAGUACGAAAAAAAUGGAUUCCCAAAAAACUUUAUCGACCAAGUCUUUGGUGGGGAAUUGACCAGCACUAUAAUGUGUCAGCAGUGUAAAACGGUGUCUGUAGUCACAGAGAUGUUUUUGGAUCUUUCCCUUCCCGUGUCUGAUGAGGCAUACAGAAAGAAGAACCAAAAAAAGAUGGUUCAGAAGACCAGUGAGUCGAGCGAGGACGGCAGAAACAGCCCCGCGUUGACCAGCGGUAAUGAGGACGUUCCCACCGGGACUGGCAGCAAGUAUCAGCAGAAGAAAGCCAAGAAGCAGGCAAAGAAGCAAGCAAAGCAUCAGAAAAGGCAACAGAAGUUUGAGAGCAGGGUAACUCUGGACCGCCUCACGUCUCCAAGCCACACGGAAGGCGAACAGAUGGAUGUUUCUGCAGAUGCAAAGGACAUGGAAAACGGUGACGCUGAAGCACAUGAAGAAGCCAGUGUGACUGAGCAAAACCCUGCACCAGCGAGUGUGUCUGAACAGGACCAGGAGACCACUGACACACUCCCGGUCGAAGAGGAAAAGGAAGAAGACGAGGAUUCGGUGACUGACUGUGACUCAUCGGCAGUCAGCAACCGUUUUAACGUCUUGUCGGACGAACAGGAAACUCCUCAGAAGGACGAAGACGCAUGUGAUGAAACUUCCAACAGGGAUCACGAAGGAGAGGGGGACACAGAGCUUGUAGAUGAGAUGCAGAAAGUGUCCCUGGACGAUGCCUUUGUGGAAGAGUCUGAUGCUAUGGAACAAGGCGCGGAGAGUGGAGAUGAAAUACUAGAUGAGAAAGAGUACACAGUAAUAAACCGAGACCCAGAGCUGGCCUUCCACACGCUGGCUACCAGGACAACCCCGGAGAAACAGGAGUGUUCGGUGCAGUCGUGCCUUUUUCAGUUCACAGAAGUGGAAACGCUCACACAGAACAACAGCUUACUAUGUGUCACUUGUACUAAGCGGCAGCUGAAGAAAGAAAAAGCUGGAGGAACCAAGAAAAACGUCUAUACGGACGCCUUGAAGCAAAUGUUGAUUUCAUCUCCCCCACCGGUUCUUACCCUUCAUUUGAAGAGAUUUCAGCAGAACGGAUACAGUAUUUGUAAAGUGAACAGACACGUCCAGUUCCCCUUCAUUCUGGAUCUAGCUCCUUUUUGUGCGGUUAAAUGCAAGAACAUGGCGGAGGGGGAUACUCAGCUUUUGUACAGUUUGUACGGCAUUGUCGAGCACAGUGGGACCAUGAGGUCGGGUCAUUACACAGCCUAUGUGAAAGCACGACCUGACUGUCCUAAACCGUUAUCAAAUGGACUUGCAGCACAAGGAGCGGAGCCACCCAAAGGAUCAUGGUUCCACGUCAGCGACACAAGUGUUCAGCCCGUGAGCGAGAGUAAAGUCCAGAGCUGUCAAGCCUACCUCCUCUUCUACGAAAGAAUCCUCUAAUAAAACCUCACUACUCAGGAAAUGCAAAUAAACUAACCUGCUGCUUCAGCUCCAUCAUGCAAGGGAUCUCAAACAGGGAUGAAAUUAUUUACUUAUUUUACAGAACUGUUGACAUUUUCGUCAUAGGUUUUUUUCCAAGGGUCAAAUGGGACAUUUAACAUGUUUCUUCACACUCAUUGUAGAUGUAAUGAAAUUCAGGAUGGAAGUAAAACUCACAAGGAACGGUUGGGAACAAUAAUCUGGAAAAUAUAUCUAUCUUUUUAUAAUCGUGUAAUUAAAUAAUUCUAAAUGUUGAA